AUGGCAGCUGCUUCGUUCGCCCAAAGACGUUCGACAAAUUCCCAGCAAUCAAAUUCCGUACCCUCCACGCCGCAUCAACAUCCGCGAGACCUUCGGUUCCGUUCGCGAUCGCCUUCUCCCAGCAAGACGCUAGGACACAACUCUCCUCACUCAGCAGUCCCCGGGUCUACCGGUACUCCGAUCGCAGCGAAACCGACGCAAGAGUUUUGUAGAUUCGAGGCCGGCCCUGAGUACAGAACACGACGAAUCCCAUACCUUGAAGGUGGCGAUGUUCCGUUACCGCCGCCGACAGAAGAGCCCAAGGUGGCUCUCGAUCCAGAGCAGGAUGAAAAAUUGAGUGGCGACAUGAGAGAGCUCUAUGAUCGAUUAUUGCCGACAGAAGAGAGCGAAGAAAGAAGACGGAAACUCGUCCAGAAAUUAGAGGAUAUCUUGAACGGAGAAUGGCCCGGCAAUGAGAUAAGAGUCAAUGUGUUUGGAUCCUCAGGGAACCUGCUCAGCUCGAACGACUCUGAUGUUGAUGUUUGUGUAACCACACCUUUGAAAGCGCUCGAGUCCAUGCACACCUUGGCUGCUGUUCUGCAUCGACAUGGCAUGCAAAACGUUGUCUGCAGAGCAGGCGCAAAGGUUCCGAUUGUCAAGAUGUGGGAUCCGGAACUGCAACUCGCGUGCGAUCUCAACGUCAACAACCCACUGGCUCUCGAGAACACGCGCAUGAUUAAGACAUAUGUCCAGAUCGACGAGCGAGUACGGCCGCUUGCUAAGAUCAUCAAGUACUGGACGAAAAGGAGAAUAUUGAACGAUGCUGCCUUUGGAGGCACUAUUAGUUCCUACACAUGGAUAUGCAUGAUUCUCAAUUUCUUGCAGACCCGCGACCCGCCUAUCCUCCCCUCCCUCCAGAAGAUGCCCGGUUCUCGCUCCAUCCAAGUCAACGGCCAGCCUUCAGCAUUUGCCGAUAACCUAGAAGAGCUGCGUGGUUAUGGAAAAGGCAAUUCUGAAAGCUUGGGUCAGCUCAUGUUUCACUUCUUUCGAUACUACGGCUAUGUCUUCGACUAUGGAGAGCAUGUGGUCUCAGUGAAGGAAGGGAAGCCGCUUCCACGCAAAGAGAAGGGAUGGGACACAAGCAACCACAUGGAGAAGGAGUCGCACAAUCGCCUUUGCGUCGAGGAGCCAUUCAACACGCAACGGAAUCUUGGAAAUUCUGCUGACCUCUACGCUUUCACGGGCAUACACAAGGAGAUCCGAAGAGCAUUUGAUCUGUUGAAGGAUGGCUCUGGUCUUGAAGAAUGUUGCGCGCAGUUCGAGUGGCCGGUGGUUGAAAAGAACAUCUUCCAAAGGCCGACACCUAAGCCUAAACCUAUCCUCACACGAAGUGCUUCCCAGUCUGGACGGCCGAACAAUGGGAAUAACCAAGGACGA